AUGGGUAUUCCAUUGGCCGUAACUAAAUACAGACCAUAUCUAGUUAAUGGGCUCCUAGCCAGGCAUUGUGACAGGAGUGAAAGCACAGAUCCAAAAUCAAAGAGUCAUUUAUAUUGUGAUGGAAAAAUAGAUUGUAUUGAUGGUAGUGAUGAAAACCAUUGUUCAAUUAUUUUGCCUACGUGUAAUUCAUUUACUGAAUUUGAAUGUUCAAAGGGAUCAUGUAUUGCUUUAGAAGUUUUAUGUGAUAAGAAACCAGAUUGUGAUGGAUGGGAAGAUGAAAAGAACACUUUAUGCAAUAUUGAUGAAUGUUCAAAAAAUAACGGAGACUGUUCUCAACUGUGUUUUGAUUUACCUAUUGGAUAUCGAUGCGAUUGUCAUGAAGGAUAUAUUUUACAUAAUAAUGAAACAUGUAUUGAUACAGAGGAGCAGAUGAAAGAAAAGCUUAAAAAAAAGUCAAGGCAACCACCAAGCAACAUCCUUCAAUCUGCGACUGAUACAGAAUCCGAAGAACCAAUAACUACAACUACAUCUACCAAGUCAAAGAUUAAAUAG